AUGGAGUCGGACCACACUCCCAGGACCAGUGUGAUUCCGAGAGCGUGCCAUAAUUGUCGGAUACGCAAAACACGAUGCAAUCGAGAAGUUCCUUGUUCAAACUGCAUAACGUCAAAGAUCCCCUGUAGACCAGCUGGAAGGCAACCAGCACAACGUGUGGUUAAUGAGAGGCCUGAAAGUUAUCCUAGUAUCCAGCAACUACAUGAGAGGUUAAAAGUCGUUGAAGAAGCCCUUCGCAGCCAGGCAGACCCUCAAGCAAGUAGAGUCACACCAACUUCAACUCCGACCGCAACGCCGAAUGUCGAAGAUGAUUCAACAACGCAUCAUUGCCUGUGGGAGGACCACCACCUCUCCUAUGAGGGAGAUUCGUCCUUUAGACAGCAGACGUACUUGGCCAGUCAGGUAGAGGAAUUAAAGAUCGAGGCUGCUCAGUCGCCUCAUGUUGUGGACGAGUUAGCAACUCUGCGAGGAAUUUACCAGAGCCAGGAAGCACUACCAGGGACGAAGCAGACGCGAAGAAUAGCACACGUGGGAAAGGGUGCCCAACUUCAGCUACCGCCCUCGGAGUUCGUCAUCCGCCUGCUCCGUACUGUUACUGAGCAAUCAGUACUCUUUCUGUAUUACGCAAUCGAAAACCGACUACAGGUCGAAGAACUAUGCCGGAAGGUCUAUUUCUCUGUCGACCCCGUAACCACCGGACAGGUCACUCUCCUGAACGGUUGCUUGUCGGUGCUUUUGCGCGAUAUCGAUUUCGAAAAACACCCGGAACUCAACCCCGAAGAAACAAGCCGCUUCUAUAAUCUCUGCUAUACGAAUUUUAAGACUGGAAUCGAAACAUACGAGGUCAUGGCAAUACCAACACUAGAGCAUACACUAAUACUGGCUAUUGCGUCACUACGGUCUCAGCUGGACGGCAACUUAGCUUUACAAUGGACAGUGAUAUCGGCGGCAGCAAGGCAAUGUCUUGCAUUAGGCUACCACAGAGAAGCGAGGAUAUCAGCACUACCUGCCGUAGAAGCCCGCCGAGCGCGACGACUCUUCUGGCACGUCUACUUCGCAGAGCGCGGCCUGACCCUUAGCCAAGGGAAAGCCCCGAUCAUUCAGGACUUCGAUAUCGACAUCAAGGAUUUCGAAAUCUCCAAUAACCCCGAAAGGCGGCCUUGGGACCUAUCCUUUGCUACCUUUAUAGAGUUCGGACGAAUACGAGCCGCAAUAUACGAGAAACUGUACUCGCCUGGAUCCACACGCUCCAGCGACGAAGAAAGGCAAGCUUCGGUGGCGGAUCUUUCGAAGCGGCUCGCAAAGUGGUAUGAUGAGUGGCGUAUCGUUGACUACACUGAUGCUUACCGCAAGGAGCUCUUUGAGUUUACCUUUGAGGGUAUCGAUGUGGUAUACUACUCCAUCCUGACUCUGUUGCAUCGGGGGUCCAGUUCAUCGAACUGUGCCGGCGCCAUUUCUGAAGAGUGUUUCGACGCAGCAAGAAAAGGGCUCACAGCUCACGCAACUGCCUUCCCUCGAUCCGCAUCAGGGGGCCGUGCGGCUCUUUUCAGCUAUGCAGUUUGGACGCAAAUCUACUCCUCCUUCACCCCAUACAUCAUCACCUUCCUCCACUGCAUCAGAAACUCGAGUGUCGACGAUCUGAAGCUGCUGCGAGGCGCGCUCGACAUCAGCGAACGGAUUAGCGGGCUGAUGGAGUCUUGCAAAAGACAGUACGAGCUUUGCAAAUCUUUAUACCGCAUUGCAGAAGCGUACAUCAAGUCAAAAAAGGGCAUCGUGAAUUUAGAAGGAGGCGUGGAAAACACGAUAAACCUCCCGUUACAGCAGCCGACGACUGAAAACUGGCCGUUGUUCGACACUCAGAUGGAAUCAGGCACCUUUCCAGAGCUUCACGUGGACGACUGGCAAAAUACGUACAUGGGGCAGAUGUCGUUUACUCUGGACACGCAGUUGGGGAAGGGCGGUAACUGA